CGUAAAAAUAAUAUGCAAUUUAAAAUGCGACCAUGACAUUAUUUCUUUAGUACUCUAUGUGGAUAAGUAGAUUUAACUUUUAAGCUAGGGUCCGUUAUCUUUAGCUAAUUUUUUCAGCAAUGCCCUAACGCCGGAACUCUGUCAUUCACCUGGAGAAUAACAAGGCCCCAAACCCGUAGUGUUUGUUUCGGUAAUAUUCUAAUGGAAGAAGGCGGUCCUUCGCGAUCACGGAAGCGCUCUUUCAUGGACGCCGUCGACGACGGCUCGGAGAAAACAUCCGGGGAAAAGAGAAUAAGGUUCCCAAAGGGAAAGAAGUUAAAGCAUGGGGAUAACGUAGACAAUGGGAGUGAAAAAUCUCUAAGCGGAUGGAAGAAUGCCCGUGAUGCAGCAACAGUGCGUGCAAUGCAUAGGAACAAAGUCACGAAUGAACUCCUUGAGGAAGAAAAUAGAGGAAUGGCUCCGGAUAUUGCUCUCGCCGAGGAGACUUAUGAGGAAAAUGAAAUAUUCAUUGACGAUGGAAUCCAGAUUGAACCUUUCAAUCUCGAGAAAGAGAGAGAAGAAGGUUAUUUUGAUGCCAAUGGAAAUUAUGUUGAAUAUGCUUAUGAACGUGAUGUCAAGGAUGCGUGGCUUGAUAGCAUUGAUGUUCAUCCAAAAGCUGUUGGGAAAAGAAACGCUACAGCCGAUGAAGAUGAGGCCCAUGAUCUUACAUCAGAAGAACUUGGGAAGAUGAAGAGACGAAUUGCAGAUGUUCUUGAUCCUGGGGAAACAGUUUUACAGGCACUAAGAAGGUUGAAAGGCAAUUCAAAAAACGAGAAAAUGACAACAGAGAAGAAACGACUAUUUGAUCAGCUAACAGAGGAUGCCAUGAGGCUGAUGGAAAAUGGCGAUUACAAUGUCUAUGAUGAAAGACAAGAAAACUUUCAGCGUGAAGCAGAGGGAUAUGAGAGGCUAAUUCAAGCCAAGACACUGGGUAUAUCUAAUGAGUUGAAGAAUAAUAAGACUUCUGGUGGUAUUCUUGAUGAUGACUUUAUUCCAGCAGACGGACCUUCAUCAGUUUCUAGUCAAAAUAUAGGCCCUCCAUCAGUUUCCAGCAACGGUGAUGAUGAUUCUUAUGACAUGUUCACCGAAGAUGAUGGAAAGCCUCUUACUACUAACCCUGCCUCAGACGAGGCUGUUCAGCAAAAUGACUAUGUAUAUGAUGAGUCAUCCGGCUAUUACUAUAGCACCAGUUUGGGCUAUUAUUACGACCCUUCAUCAGGACUGUAUUGCAAUGCUGCUUCAGGACAAUGGUAUAGGUAUGAUGAAGAAUUAGGCACGUACGAAGAGGUCCAACAAGGUGGAACCAACCCGAGCUAAGCCGAACACAAUUUUGAACGGUUCAAAGCCGGUUCAGUAGUAGCAUAUGUGAUGUGGAUGCAAUUGCGAAAUCGUUUCUUUGAAGUAUAGAGAUGUUUGGGCUUUGAGAGAAUGCUUUGGGGAUAGACACUUCACACUUGUGUUUAUAACUCUGAGAUUUUAAAUGAUAAAGUAUGGUUGUAACACCAAGAUUUUGUACGCAAAUUAUACAGAGUAGAAAAGUAGNGGUAAAUUAGGAAAUGACAAGGGCAAUGGACUAUAUGUGCUAAGAUUUGUCUUUUGUUUCGUAGAGCUUUUAAUAUAGUCUUUUAAUAUGU